CCCCAGGCUGAGAGGACUCUGGCCUGAGGAAUGUGUGCAGCCGGGAGCCUGGAGGGGGCCCUUUCCUGCCUCAUUCCUCUCUCUGCUGAGAGAGAGAGAGAGAGAGAGAGAGAGAGAGGGAGAGAGUGUGUCCUCUCUUCUUGCUCUGUUCUACCAGCCUCCAUUCUUUGACCUCAUGGUUUUUCUAGUCUCUCUGUCUUUUCCCUCCCUCUCUUUUUCUUCUCUCCCCCUCUCUGUAACCUCUCUCCUCCCCCCUUCCCUCUUCUCGUUCUCUCUCCCUCUUCCCUUGCCCUCCUGGAGGGGACUGGUGAAGCCUACAGCUGGUGUGCCCAGCUCCAAGGUAAACGGGGUUGCUGGCAGGAUGGCCAGGCCUGGCCCCUUGCCUGGUGCCCGUUGCCAUGGUGACCCAGAGGCAGCGUCAGGCAGCGGCCCUGGCUGUCUGGCAGGGAGGACAUGAUGAGGAGAGAGGCUGGGCCUGUUCUUCAUACUUCCUGAAGAGCCCACCCCACUGCCAGGAGCUCCAGCACAUGGGGGUGCUGCCUGUGAAGGGCCUCUCCUCCGUGUUCUCCAGCCGCUCGGCCCGGAAGUCGGCCUCCCGCGCCGACAAGGACGGCGGCGCCAUGGCGGCCGGCGAGGGCUACCGGAACCCCACGGAGGUGCAGAUGAGCCAGCUGGUGCUGCCCUGCCACACCAACCAGCGCGGCGAGCUGAGCGUCGGCCAGCUGCUCAAGUGGAUCGACACUGCCGCCUGCCUGUCCGCGGAGAGGCACGCUGGCUGCCCCUGCGUCACGGCCUCCAUGGACGACAUCUAUUUUGAGCACACCAUUAGUGUUGGCCAGGUGGUGAAUAUCAAGGCCAAGGUGAACCGGGCCUUCAACUCCAGCAUGGAGGUGGGCAUCCAGGUGGCUUCCGAGGACCUGUGCUCUGAGAAGCAGUGGAGCGUGUGCAAGGCCUUGGCCACCUUUGUGGCUCACCGGGAGCUCUCCAGGGUGAAGCUGAAGCCGAUCACGCCCCGGACGGAGGAGGAGAAGACCGAGCACAGCGUGGCGGCCGAGCGCCGGCGCAUGCGGCUGGUCUACGCAGACACCAUCAAGGACCUCCUGGCCAACUGUGUCAUUCAGGACGAUCUGGAGAGCAGAGACUGCAGCCACACGGUGCCGGCCGAGAAGACCCGGGUAGAGAGCGUGGAGCUGGUCCUGCCCCCCCACGCCAACCACCAGGGCAACACCUUCGGGGGCCAGAUCAUGGCCUGGAUGGAGAACGUGGCCACCAUCGCAGCCAGCCGGCUGUGCCGUGCCCACCCUACACUGAAGGCCAUCGAGAUGUUCCACUUCCGGGGCCCAUCCCAGGUUGGGGACCGCCUGGUGCUCAAGGCCAUCGUGAACAACACCUUCAAGCAUAGCAUGGAGGUGGGCGUGUGCGUGGAGGCCUACCGCCAAGAGGCUGAGACCCACCGGCGACACAUCAACAGCGCCUUCAUGACCUUUGUCGUCCUGGACGCAGACGACCAGCCUCAGACGCUGCCCUGGAUUCGGCCACAGCCGGGGGAUGGCGAGCGGCGGUACCGAGAGGCCAGUGCCAGGAAGAAGAUCCGCCUGGACAGGAAGUACAUCGUGUCCUGUAAGCAGGCUGAAAUGCCCCUGUCUGUCCCCUGGGACCCGAGCAAUCAGGUGUACCUGAGCUACAACAACGUCUCCUCCCUGAAGAUGCUGGUGGCCAAGGACGACUGGGUGCUGUCCUCGGAGACCAACCAGAUCCGCCUGUACACUCUGGAGGAAGACAAGUUCCUCGCCUUCCACUUGGAGAUGUUGGUGCAUGUGGACGCAACCCAGGCCUUCCUGCUGCUGUCGGACCUGUGUCGGAGGCCUGAGUGGGACAAGCACUGCCGGAGCGUGGAGCUGGUGCAGCAGGUGGACGAGGACGAUGCCAUCUACCACAUCAUUAGCCCCGCCCUCGGUGGUGACACCAAGCCCCAGGACUUUGUGGUCCUGGCCUCUCGGCGGAAGCCUUGUGACAAUGGGGACCCCUAUGUCAUCGCUCUGAGGUCAGUCACGCUGCCCACGCACCGUGAGACCCCGGAGUACAGGCGUGGGGAGACCAUCUGCUCGGGCUUCUGCUUCUGGAGAGAGGGGGACCAGUUGACCAAGGUGUCCUACUACAACCAGGCCACCCCGGGCUUUCUCAACUACGUGACCACCAACGUGGCCGGCCUCUCCUCGGAGUUCUACACCACCUUCAAGGCUUGUGAGCAGUUCCUCUUGGACAACCGGAACGAUCUGGCCCCCAGCCUCCAGACCCUCUAGGCACCCUCAGUGGCCACCUCACGCCCACUCCCACUCCAUCCUGCCCCCAAGGACACAUGUGCAGUGCA